GGCGGAGCGCGGUCAACGGACGCGCCGCUCGGGGUCGCGCACGCCGCGCCUGUUUUUAAUCGGGGGCGCGGACGUGCGCGUCCCCGCGGAGUCUUUGUGUGGCGGCGUAGAGAAGCGCAAAUACAAUAACCAUGGCCGACGAGAAACCCAAGGAGGGGGUGAAGACGGAGAACAACGACCACAUCAAUCUGAAGGUGGCGGGACAGGACGGGUCGGUGGUCCAGUUUAAAAUCAAGAGACACACACCCCUCAGCAAGCUUAUGAAGGCCUACUGUGAGAGACAGGGACUGACGAUGAGGCAGAUUCGGUUCCGGUUUGACGGACAGCCCAUUAACGAAACAGACACGCCCGCACAGUUGGAAAUGGAGGAUGAAGACACAAUCGACGUUUUCCAGCAACAGACAGGAGGACACAUCUGAAUCAGACGACUCUAGCGACCCCCGGCCCGUCUCUCUCUAUCUCUCUCUCUCUAUCUAUCUCUCUCUCUCUAUCUCUCUAUGUCUCUCUAUCGCUCUCUAUCUCUCUCUCUCUCUCUCUAUCUCUCUAUGUCUCUCUAUCGCUCUCUAUCUAUCUCUCUCUCUCUCUCUCUCUAUCUCUCUAUGUCUCUCUAUCGCUCUCUAUCUCUCUCUCUCUCUCUCUCUCUCUCUAUCUCUCUAUGUCUCUCUAUCGCUCUCUCUCUGUUCCUGGUUCUCCUCAUGGUCAUCUGUAACUGCUGUUGUAUAGUGUUUUCAGUUCAUCAUGUUUUUCUUUCGUUUUGUACAUAAGGGUUUCCGCUACAGUAAUUAUUACAUUGGGAUUGUUGAUUGCCGUAAAAUCUGCCGUGUCAAGCCCGAGUCUAGACCAUCAUCUCUGUACAGACCAACUAAUACACGUUUCCCCUUAACAAUCAUUGAGGAGGAGAGCCGCGUGCGCGGGUUCAGGGUUUCGUUCCGGUCCCGGACACGAGCACGCGGGCCUUUUCUUUCGAAAUCUCGUUUCAGGAAGUGCUCUGCUGCGCUUUAAGCAGACGAACCUGCAGCCGGUUCAGAUUGAGUUUCUGUUUUCCAUUCAGACCAAUUGGUUUUACAACUUUUUAUUUUUUUUUGUAGUGGUCAUGUACAGUGCGUAACUUGUGUUAAACAUGUUUUGACUCGAGUACGAACGAGGGAGUUCAUGUUUCAGACAAGUCAAGCAUCUGUCUGUAUUGUCUAAUCUCUUGUUAAAAUAAAAUAUUCUCUUUUUA